UAAGCGCGCCGCCCGACGCUGGCCACGCGCUCCAGUCCUCGUGCGUGGAGGGAGUACUGUACGGUACCGUAUCCCGGAUCGGCCCACGAGGGAAGGGGCCGGACUGCGCGCCGCUGAGCGGACACCGCCGACCGGGCAGCGGACGCGAUCAGUGGGGAGGAACCGCACAGCGGGAAAAGAGCGAUCGUCCACGCGUGGGUCAGCGACACAGCAACCAGCGCCGCGGAGCUGCAAGAGGAGGAGCCAGGUAUAGAAGCAGGAUCUUGCGCUGUCCAUCCUGCAUGUGACGCCAGCCAAACAAUAGCGGCUUGACAGGUGGCCCCAAGACAACCGUGGGGAGCAAACAUCUGAGUCAAUUACAUGUCCUUUCCUGGGGCCACGGUUACAAAAGAGAACAGUGGAAACGUGGACCUCAAAGAGAAGAAGAGGAAGGAAUAAAUAGUUACUCUUUCCAAGUGAACUCUGACAGUUAUUUCUGGUGUUUUGUGGGCAAGCUGGGUACUCAUUUGGGGACACGCUUGGACGGUGGAAAAAGGAUUUCCCUCUUCCUUACCCAUUUAUCCCAAGGCUUGUGUAAAUAGUGGAUAUAGAUAUCAAUUUGUACAGCUCCCAAAGUGCCCAACAAAGAGGCUAACUUUAGCCAAACCCACUGCAAGCUCUGCUAUUGCGGCUGCUGGAAUUGGUACCCUUCUUGUUUCUCCUGGGCAGACUUCCGACAUGACACGGCCACCGCGAGCCCUUCUCUGACUCCAGGGAAACAGCUUCUUCGCACAGGUCCUACAAGAAUGGUAGCCUGUUUCGAAAGGCACAGCUCAUAUCGUUCCGCAGAGCUUAGCAGUGACUGAGCAAUAGCAAACAAAUGUCUGAAAGAUUGUGAAGAACUACAAAUCCUCAGGUCUGAAGAGGUGUGUGGGUGCGCCUGCUUGCAUCAGUGUUGCUCCCUCAUCCUCACUGGGCAGCAACUUUUGAUUUCAGCUGCUUUGAUGUCUUUAACCAGAAGGGUGGCACAACAUGAAGCCUUUGACACCCAUCGGCUCACCCUCCCCUCUGCGGCUCCUCAACAAGGGCCCUGACUAUUUGCGUAGGCAGAUGGACGGUGGGGGCCGGGGCCGCACAGUCAGUGCAGUGGAGCGGCUGGAGGCCGACAAGGCCAAGUAUGUGAAGAGCCAGCAGGUCAUCAGUACGAAGCAGGAGCCAGUGCUGGGGCCUUGUGCCACUCCCCCUCCCAUACCCCGGCGCCCACUCACUGUGCCCGGCGCCUCCACUCCCCAUAUGAGCCCUCACCGAGUGCUGGCUGCCCCUUACUCUUCCCCUGGCCCGCUUACUUUGCGGGACGAGAACGAGGAUGAUGCCAGGAAAGAGAAUCGGAGUGUGGUCGAUGUGGAAAAUCACAACCAGAGCAAUGCAGCGCGUGCCCCACCAACCUCGGUGGCCCUCGCUGUCCCGUUGGUGGCCCCACACAGCGCCCCUGUGGUGCGCCGUAGCACAGGCAAGCGCAUGCUGCGCCCUGACUCACUUGUCAUCUACCGGCAGAAGAAAGAGUGUAAAACGCCCAGUGCUGGCACUAAUGGGGACGUAAAGGGCUACAGCUUUGUUCGUCGACUCUUCCAGGGGUCCAUGCGUGAAAAGAACAGUGCUGAGGGCCUGCCCAAAAUGACAAUCAGUGAAGAGAAGGCUACUUCGCGGGAUGGAGACUCCCGGAUGUCCUGGACUAAUGACAAGGCAACUAUGGAGGCCACACAGGAGUCCAAGGGCAAUUCCAAGAUGCAACACACCCUACUGGCGACUCCCAGCAGCCCUUGCAUGCAAGAGAGGACUAAGCACACUGCCUCGAGUGUCACAGGUGAUCCCUGGAUGCGACUGGGUGGGCUACAUCGCUCUAAGUCAGACCUGCGCCUCCGCUGCUCGCUAGCACUGUCGGACAAAGAGCGCUUCUUUGACUUCUGUGGGCUGGACUUAGAGAUGGUAGAGCGACUGGGACCAGAGAACUUCUUGUCAGCCGCCAGCUCGGUUGACACCCUGUCCCUCAUGCUACGUAGCGUGAGUGGCGGUGGGGGUGGAGGCUCCGAGAUCAGCGAGUUCUCCCGCCACUCGGGGGACGGACUCUUUCAGGAGGAGUUGACGGAACAACUGCCAUCCGGUGUGUCCAUCAUCGAGAGAAACGCCCGAGUCAUCAAGUGGCUUUACAGCUGCAAGAACGCUGCCCAGGAGGGCCCGAAGGAGUCCACUGUGUAGUCAACAAAAACCAAAUAAAAACCUCCUUUUGUCCUAUGGACUAAACUCUGUACUGUAAACAUUCAUAUGUCCUACAGACAACUGCUGUGUAAACUUUGUCAGAGUGUUACAUGUGUUCAUCGUGGGGCAAUUUGUCAGAUAAGUGCACUAUCGUUUUAUGACAAGUGGAAUCCUAUUUCACUGCAGUGUUAUUGGUCUGUGAACUCGUGGCAAUACUGAAGGUGGUCAGUGCCACUCCUUCCCAUCCUUUUUCCACCUCUUCCAGUAAUGGCACCUCCCCGGUCCAACUGCAUCGUAACAAUAAGGCACAUAUUACCCCAGUAGAAAAAAGAACCUGUAUUGAGGUUACUGUGUCAAAUGUAGAAACCCUGCAUUCUUGUUCCAUUAACAAAUCGAUAGUUUUGGAUGAAAACUCAUUAAGCUUAUUGUUGUUUUUUAAUGUCUGUAGUGGAAUAUUGAGUGGGGGCAUCCAACAAAGUAUAUAUACCUCAGUCCCCAUCUGACUCGGUUUAGACUGUGCUUUUUUCGUUUUCUUUAAGACAACUUUUUGGAACAGCAUCGAGUGAGAGAAAAAGAGGGAAACAAACGUGUCUAUCUCUCCACGCUAUACAUAUGUUGACUCUGGGACUGUCGAUAAGGACCUGAAAACUUGAGCUUGCUUUUCCAGGAAUUUUGCCUGUUAUUAAAAAAGACCACAUUAUGAAGAAGCUGUGUCUCAACUGCUGUGAAAAAUUGUGACAUUUCAUGAAUUUCAUUAGUCUCACUUCUUCCUAGUACACAAAAAAGUGAUGUAUGACAAAGCACAACUGAUUUUUUGGUCAGCCGUUUGACAAGUUCCUGUGCAUAGCUAUAAUCCGGUGAAAUAAAAACGAUUUACAUUGUAAAACAUGUAAUUACCACAAAAAUUGGUUUUGAUGCAGCUUCUGGGAAGCACGGUCAGACUGUCAUGCUAUAAAUUUUCAGAAGAAACAUCCUGUACCGGGAAGACAACGGAUGAUGAUAGCUCCCCACAAUGCAUGUAGAAUCCUGGAUUCCUUGACUUUGCUAAUGGCUGAUUUAAUUCAGUUUUACAGCAGUUCUUCAGUUUGACAUGGCUAGCCUAUGUACUUUUGUUGACUUUACCUAGAUUGCUGAGGGAUUUGCUGAGUUUCCAGCACAAAUGUUCUGUGAUAUCAGUUGCUUUAAUCCGUGUUAAAUAGUUCAGUCCAGCCAGGUUUCUGGCCCAUCAGCCGGUCAGGCAGUCUUGAUGUUGCACUUCAGAAACCAGCUGGAGGUCCUAUGAAGAACAGUGAGGUUAGAUCUGUAGAGGAAAGCAUUGUGGGUAUAGAUGCUACAAAGACAUCAUACAUACAAAAUCAUCAAAUACAGCUUAAUUCACAACACAGUCCUCAUGUAGCAUGCAUGUCAGUUCCGCAGAAAUGAAACUGGAAUAUUUUCCUAAUGUUUCUCAGAAAUGCUCUUCUGCAUGUUUACUGGAUAGUUAUAUAUAAAUAUAUAUGUUUUAUUUUUGAGAACUUCAA